AUGGAGGCUGUACCGUUGUUGACAAAUCUCUUACAGUAUCCUGAUGCCAAGAUGAGAUUUACAUUGUUGUGCAUUGUAGUUUUGGAAUAUGCAUCUGUUUGUUUGACGCGGAUUGCUGAGGCUUUCGCCUCAUCACCUGAGAAGCUCGAUGAACUUUGUUCUGUGGAGUUGGAUUCAGCUGGUGUCUCUGUAUCACUUUUUAACAUCAUCUCGAAGCUUUUCAACAUUCCUCUCCUCAGUGUUGCAGCAUUCUUUUGCCUGAAGCAUAUCAAAAAAUGCAGGCAGGUUCUCAGCAACAGUGAAUCUCUUAUUGAUGUUGUAGAAAAGCUGCAGCUAUCCUCAGUUUCCACAGCUUUAACUUUAGUUGUUGGCAUUGGUAUAUUUGAUGCUAUGGCCCUGUCUUUGGGAACUCUUCUCGGCUUGAUGGAAAUAUCAUCGUUUCUUUGGCACUUGAAGGAAUCUUCCGUGGUUUCAUUUGAAAGACAGAACCAUUGGUUUCUUUGCACUUCAACAAGAACCAACGGUGACCAAAGUCCGGACUGGUGGGGUUGGGGUUACUGGCUGUCACCUCUGACCUAUGGAUACAACGCUAUUGCAAUGAACGAGAUGUUUGUUACGAGAUUUCUGAAAAGAAAAAUAAUUGCACCAAAAAAGAGCAACUUGAGAAAAAAGCUCAAAAGAGAGAAGAACAACUUCGAAAAUAAACCAUUGACAGAAUCGUUGGCCGGAGAAUCACGCACUACUAGAGAGACCGAUUCGGAGAAAGAGUGA